CGUGAAGCCAACCAAGAGAAACGUGAUGCCGAACCAUACUACUACUACAAGCGUGAAGCCAACCAAGAGAAGCGUGAUGCCGAACCAUACUACUACUACAAGCGUGAAGCCAACCAAGAGAAACGUGAUGCCGAACCAUACUACUACUACAAGCGCGAAGCCAACGAAGAGAAGCGUGAUGCCGAACCAUACUACUACUACAAGCGAGAAGCCAACGAAGAGAAGCGUGAUGCCGAAGCCAGCCCUUACUACUACUACAAACGUGACGCUUCUCCCUACUAUUAUUACUAA